AUGCAGAUUUUCGUAAAGACACUUACAGGGAAAACAAUUACGCUGGAGUGUGAGAGCAGCGACUCGAUCGAGCAUGUCAAGACGAAGAUCCAGGACAAGGAGGGCAUUCCGCCGGACCAGCAGCGCCUGAUCUUUGCGGGCAAGCAACUGGAGGAUGGACGUACCCUGAGUGACUACAAUAUCCAGAAGGAGAGCACGCUGCACCUUGUCCUGCGUCUGCGCGGUGGUGCGAAGAAGCGGUGCCAGCAUGGCGCCGGCACGGAAGGGGCGUGCCGCGACGCGGCGAUCCAGCUUGUUGGCCAGUGCCCGCACUGCUCGCUCCUGUUCUGCGGCAAGCACCGCCUGCCGGAAGCGCACAAGUGCAUCAACCAGGAGCAGAUCCGCCAUGCCGCAUUCACGGCGAACAAAAACAAGCUAGAGAGCGAGCGCACGUCGGGCACGCGUGGCCUCGUGCACUGA